CGCUGAACCAAACCUUCAGCGUCUAUGGGUGUCUACCCAACUGUCCUAACUACACGCUUAAAUUUUGAACUUAUCACUAUUUCUCCAUGGUAUAUAAGAGUAUUCCUCCCACAUCCAUUCCACAUUAAACCACCUUUUCCCUCACUUCUCUCUGCUCUCCCUCAGUCAUAGUUGAACAAAAAUGGGAUCUGAAUCAAAGCUAGUUCAUGUGUUUUUGGUUUCCUUCCCUGGACAAGGGCAUGUCAACCCUUUGCUCAGGCUGGGGAAGCGUCUGGCUUCAAAGGGCUUGCUUGUUACCUUCUCCACUCCAGAGAGUAUCGGGAAGCAGAUGAGGAAAGCCAGUAACAUUACUGACCAGCCGACACCGGUAGGAGAAGGUCUGAUCAGGUUCGAGUUUUUCGAAGAUGAGUGGGACGAGAACGAGCCCAAGCGCCAAGAUUUGGACCUUUACUUGCCCCAGCUGGAGCUCGUGGGCAAAAAGGUUCUUCCUCAGAUGAUCAAAAAACACGCAGAGCAGGAUCGACCUGUCUCCUGCCUCAUCAACAACCCAUUUAUUCCAUGGGUUUCUGAUGUAGCAGCUGAUCUUGGAAUCCCCAGUGCCAUGCUUUGGGUUCAAUCUUGCGCUUGCUUUUCUACGUAUUACCACUACUACCAUGGCUUAGUCCCUUUUCCCUCCGAAGCUGAGCCUGAAAUCGAUGUUCAAUUGCCAUGUAUGCCUCUCUUGAAGUAUGAUGAAGUCGCUAGCUUCUUGUACCCGACCACUCCCUACCCAUUCCUGAGGAGAGCUAUCUUAGGCCAGUACAGGAACCUGGACAAGCCCUUCUGUAUAUUGAUGGACACGUUCCAAGAACUGGAACCCGAAGUCAUCGAAUACAUGUCCAAGAUCUGCCCGAUCAAGCCUGUAGGACCUUUAUACAAGAACCCUAAAGUGCCAAACGCCGCUGUCCGUGGCGACUUCAUGAAGGCCGACGACUGCAUCGAGUGGCUCGACUCCAAGCGUCCCUCCUCCAUCGUCUACGUCUCUUUUGGAAGCGUCGUGUACCUGAAACAAGACCAAGUCGACGAGAUCGCUUAUGGGCUCUUAAACUCCGGCCUGCAAUUCUUAUGGGUGAUGAAACCGCCGCACAAAGACGCCGGCCUGGAACUCCUAGUUCUUCCAGAAGGGUUCUUGGAAAAGGCCGGUGACAAAGGCAAGGUGGUGCAAUGGAGCCCGCAAGAGCAAGUCUUAGCUCACCCCUCCGUUGCCUGUUUCGUUACCCACUGUGGAUGGAACUCGUCCAUGGAGGCUCUCAGCUCCGGCAUGCCGGUGGUGGCGUUCCCACAGUGGGGAGAUCAAGUCACCGACGCCAAGUACUUGGUGGACGAAUUCAAAAUUGGAGUGAGAAUGUGCAGAGGCGAGGCCGAAAACAAGCUCAUCACCCGGGACGAGGUGGAGAAGUGUUUGAUCGAGGCCACCACCGGACCAAAGGCAGCGGAGUUGAAGCAAAACGCCAUGAAGUGGAAGAAGGCGGCAGAGCAGGCGGUGGCGGAGGGCGGUUCCUCCGAACGGAAUCUACAGGGUUUUGUCGACGAGGUUCGGAGAAGGAGCAUUGAAAUCAUUUACAAAACAAAAAUUUAAAGUCAAAGUCUUCAGUUUUCAGUAUCUUGAAGGGACACGUGUGAAGUAACGCUUGGGUAAAAGUAAUCAGACCUGGUGUGGAAUAACUAGAAUACCCUUAUAAGGGUAAGGGGUCUUGACUGGGUUCCGUAUCGAAUUGCCUUUCUCUUUCCUUUCUCCUGCACAAAGCGGUGUCGUUUCACGCAACCUGUUUGUUUCUCUUCUUUAUUCUGUCUCCUAAUUACUGUCUUGUAAUAUUCUAUUAUUGUAAUUGAGUUUGUCUAAUUUUUAUCCAAUUAAAUUAGCUUUCUUGUUAUUUAUAGAAAUUGACCGACAAACCAACAUCUCAAGGCGUGGAUAAAUA